AUGCUGCCCAGAGAAGCCGGGGCCCAGGACUGGCAGCUGGACAUGCAGCUGACCGGCAAGCUGGUGCUGUCGGCCGCUGCGCUGCUCCUGCUGACCGCGGCCUACAGACUGUACAAGGCGAGGCCCACGCCAGCCCCGCAGGGGGGUGGGAACGUGGAGGCCGAAGCUGGGCAGGAAGCAGAGGGCUCGGGGCAGCCUGCUGCCCAGGUGGCUUCUCCCAGGGCGCCACAGAGGGGGCCGAGACGCCGCCGGAGGGUGAGCAAGGAGGCCGGAGCACUCCUGGGCUGCAGCUGGGAGAACCUGGGAGCCCCCUGCACCCUGACAACGGGGGCCACCUCCAGAGACGAGCCCCAGAGAAAAGACUGUGGUGAGGAGCAGGGCGGGCAGUGCCCGGACUCUGAGCAGGUGCCUCCCUGCUGCCGCGGCCAGGAAGCCGGAACAGCUGUUGGCAGGAGGCCCAACCCUCCGCGCUGCCCCCAUUUGGACAGUGAACCCAAAAGCUCCCCAGCUGGACUUGCUGCAGCGGCGGGCGGCAGCCGUGUGGGUGGUGAGCCUGCUCCAUGGCAGGACGGUGGACCCCUCGGGCCGCCAGGGCCCGGGCAGCUGGAACCUCCCCACCGGCCUUGGACUGCUCCGGAGGAAGGCAGCAGUGACAUGAACCGGAGCUGGGUCUUCACCCACGUGACAGGGGUCAGCAGGGAAGAGGCAGGGGCUCUCCAGGCCGCCUCAGAUGUGGGCCUGGCGCGGCAUCAGCAGGAGGCAGCCACCAACACCUCCUACACCUUCUCGUCGGUGGCUCGGGUCCGGAUGGAAGAGAACUUCAUACAGAAGGUGGACGGGGCUGGGCCCAGGCUGAAGGGCAAGGUGUACGACUACUAUGUGGAAUCCAUCUCUCGGACCGUCUCCAGGGGCAGGCUGGCCCUCAGGACAGCCCUGGCAGAGGCUCCCUGCCUUGAAGCACUGCCCAGGCCCCUGGGAACAGGAGCAGCCUCCCGGGGCCAAGCCGAAGACACAGAAGGUGGAGCUGAAACAGCCGCCGCCCCCCGGCCUUUGUCGUCCCCCUCCCCGCAAGGCUUCGGCAGGAAGGACAGCCUCCUGCAGAUCGCGGAGAACCCAGAGCUGCAGCUACAGCCCGAGGGCCUCGGCUUUCCCCCUUCACCCUGCCCAGACCGGGGCGCCCUGCCUGGCACAGCCAGAAGCAGUGGGGAGCCUCGCGUGCAGCUCGUGGCCGGGACCAAUUUCUUCCACGUCCCCCUCACCCCCGCUUCAGACCCGGACGUCCGCCUGGAUCUGGGCAAUUGCCACGAGGCGCUGACCUUGGCCAAGAGGCAGAACUUGGAGGCCCUGAAGGAGGCAGCCUACAAGGUGAUGAGCGACAACUACCUCCAGGUGCUGCGCAGCCCGGAUGUCUACGGGUGCCUGAGCGGGGCAGAACGGGAGUUGAUCCUGCAGCGACGCCUCCGGGGCCGCAAGUACCUGUUGGUGGCGGACGUGUGCCCCCAGGAAGACUCCGGCUGCCUCUGUUGCUAUGAUGACGAGAGGGAUGUCUGGCACCUGCUGGCCCAGCUGCCCCCUGAGGCUGUGUCCCGGGGCUGUGCCAUCUGCAGUCUCUUCAAUUAUCUCUUCGUGGUGUCUGGCUGCCAGGGGCCCGGGCGCCGGCCCUCCAACCGGGUCUUCUGCUACAACCCCCUGACGGGGAUCUGGAGCGAGGUGUGCCCGCUGAACCAGGCGCGGCCGCACUGCCGGCUGGUGGCCCUGGACGGGCACCUGUACGCCAUCGGGGGCGAGUGUCUGAACACGGUUGAGCGUUACGACCCUCGCUUGGACCGCUGGGUCUUUGCCCCGCCUCUCCCCAAUGACACGUUUGCCGUGGCGCACACAGCCACGGCGUGCGCCAACGAGAUCUUCGUCACGGGCGGCACGCUGCGCUACCUGCUGCUCCGCUUCUCCGCCCAGGAGCAGCGCUGGUGGGCCGGCCCCACGGGGGGCAGCAAGGACCGCACGGCCGAGAUGGUGGCAGUCAACGGUUUCCUCUACCGCUUUGACCUCAACCGCAGCCUGGGCAUCAGUGUGCACCGCUGCAGCGCCAGCGCCCGGCUCUGGUACGAGUGCGCCACGUACCGGACGCCCUACCCGGACGCCUUCCAGUGCGCCGUGGUGGACAACCUCAUCUACUGCGUGGGGCGCCAGCGCACUCUCUGCUUCCUGGCCGACUACGUCUCGCCCAGGUUUGUACCCAAGGCGCUGCGGAGCUUCCCGACGCCGCAGGGCACCCUCCUGCCUGCCGUCCUGACCUUGCCCACCCCUGAUUUGCCUCACACCAGGGUCUAGCUGCCCCUCUGCUGGGCUCCUCGUGCAAA